AUGUCUUCGCCAGACUCGAUCCAGCUUGGCGACUAUCUCUUCACCCGUCUACUCCAACUCGGCGUAAGCUCCGUCUUUGGCGUCCCGGGCGACUAUAACCUGCGCCUGCUAGACCAUGUCGAGCCCUCGGGUCUGCACUGGGUGGGCAACUGCAAUGAGCUGAACGCUGCAUAUGCUGCCGAUGGCUAUGCCCGUAUUAACGGUCUGUCCGCGCUGGUGACCACCUUUGGUGUCGGCGAGCUGUCUGCAGCCAACGGCAUUGCUGGCGCAUACGCCGAGAGAUCUGCCGUGGUUCACAUUGUCGGCACACCCCCUCGGCCACUGCAGAACUCGCGCGCUUUAAUGCACCAUACGUUCUCCGAUGGCGAGUACCGCCGCUUUGCAGCAAUGUCCACGCAUAUCACGGCAGCCCAGACGAAUGUGAUUGACUCGGUGACGGCGCCGGAUAAGAUCGAUUGGAUCUUGCAGCAGGCGCUUAUCCACAGCCGGCCCGUGUAUCUAGAGAUUCCGGAUGAUAUGAGCGAGACUCUCGUCUCUUCAGAGAACUUAAAGACCCCCAUCCGUGUCCCAGUGACCCCCAGUCCCUCCUACGAAUCGAAAGUGAUCGCCCGGAUUCUGGAGCGACUUUAUAGUGCCAAGAAGCCGGUUAUCUUUGUCGAUGGUGAGAGCCGGGCUCUCGGUAUCCUGGACCAACUCGAUUCCCUCAUUAAGACUACCAACUGGCCCACAUGGACGACCGUCUAUGGCAAGGGUCUCGUAAACGAGCAGCACCCCAAUGUCUACGGGCUAUACGCCGCAGCAUUCGGCGACAAGCCCGCACAAGAAUACUUCGAAUCCGCAGACCUAAUCUUGACAUUUGGUCCACACUACAGCGACACAAACACCUAUUUCUACACAACAGUGCCCAAAUCCACCGUCGCAAUCCAAUUCAAAGACAGCACCAUCCAAGUCGAAGACGAUAUCUACCGAGACAUCUCCUCCAGCACCGUCCUCACCCACCUCCUCCAAUCCCUCGACCCAACCCGCCUCGUACAAGCCACCGGCCCCUCCAAACUCGAAAUAACCACGUCCGACAUCAAAGACGAAGACAUCAUCGCCCAAAACAACUUCUACCGCCUCGUAAACCCGCUCUUCAACGAAGGCGACAUCAUCCUCACCGAAACAGGCACCGCCUCCUACGGCGGCCGCAAAUUCAAACUGCCCCCUAAAUCCCGCCUCUUCGGCGCCGUCACCUGGCUCUCCAUCGGAUUCAUGCUCCCCGCCACCCUCGGCGCCGCCCUCGCAAAAAGGGAACUCAAUAAACCCACCGAGGCCAAGAACCAGACCGUCCUGAUCAUCGGUGAUGGCAGUUUACAAAUGACCGCGCAGGAGAUUAGCGUGAUGAUCAAGGAGAAGUUGGAUAUUCUCAUUUUCAUCAUUAAUAAUGAGGGGUAUACCAUUGAGCGGGUGAUUCAUGGCCGGAAGCAGGGAUACAACGAUGUGCCGUUUUGGAGACAUACGCAGGCGUUGACUUAUUUCGGUGCUGAUGAGGAGCAUGUUAAGAAUAGUACUUUCCAGGCUUGGACGUGUGGUGAGUUGAAGGAGGUUUUGAAGAAUGAACGCGUGCAUAGUGGAAGUGGUGUGCGUAUUGUCGAGGUCUUUAUGGAAAGGGAGGAUGUCCAGGGCCCGCUGCUGUAUCUGCUCAAUAAGCAGAUUGCAGAGGAGAAGCAGCAGGCGCAGUAG